GCGGAGCCGACUCUGUCCCGAAGCGGAAGUGCUUCUGGGGGCCUGUUCUUGUAACGGUCUCCUCGGCCGCUAGCUGAGAAUUGUGGAAGACACAGUGACCAGCGCUAAGGGUUCAUAAGCACCCUUCAGGCGCACCCCUCCUGUCACUCUGCCCCUUCCCUCUACCCCAUCCCCGAGAUAAGGGUCUGCUGUGAAUGCCCCAGCUGAAGUGAACUGCAUCCGAAGUCUUCCCUCCGACUCCUGCUCCGAAGGACCCCAGCGAGCUCAGUCUUCACACCUAUCUUCCCUUUCCCCAAGAAAAGCAGGAAAUGGCUGAACUCCAAGGGCUGGUGACGUUCGAGGAUGUGGCUGUAGACUUCACCCAGGAAGAGUGGCAGUACCUGAACCCUUCACAGAGGGCUCUGUAUAGAGAUGUGAUGCUGGAGACCUAUAGCAACGUGGUCUCUGUGGCAGGGCAACAGGUUACCAAACCAGAUCUCAUCCUCAGUUUGGAGGUAGAAGAACCAUGCCCAGCGGAAGGAAAGAUCCCAACUUGGAGCUUUCCAGAAGAACCCUGCCAAGUUGAUGAACAGAUUGAGAGACAGCACCAGAAUGACCAAGAUAAAUAUUUGUUGAUGCAAUUUGGAUUCCCAGACAAAAAAAUAAUUACCUCCACCAAGAGUGGCUAUGAGUAUAAUGAAUUUGGGAACACACUUCAUCUGAAUACAAACCUUAUUCCUCCCAUACAAAGACCCCACAAGUAUGAAUUAUUUGGAAAUAAUAUGGUAGAUAAUUUAGACUUAUUUGGUAGAAGCUCUGCAGGAAAGAAAUAUGAUAGUGGAUGUGCAAAAUUAUUCUUCCAUCCUGAGUAUGAGAAGACAAAUCCUGGAGUGAAACCCUAUGGAUAUCGAGAGUGUGGGAAAUCCCUCAAGCGAAAGAAAGGUCUCAGUCUACAUCAGAGAAUUAAAAAUGGAGAGAAACCCUUUGAAUGUACUACAUGUAGGAAAACCUUCAGCAAGAAGUCACACCUCAUUGUACAUUGGAGAACUCAUACGGGAGAGAAACCGUUUGGAUGUACUGAAUGUGGAAAAGCCUUUAGCCAAAAAUCUCAGCUCAUUAUACACCUGAGAACUCACACAGGAGAGCGACCCUUUGAGUGUCCUGAAUGUGGAAAAGCCUUCAGAGAAAAGUCAACUGUCAUCAUACAUUACAGGACUCAUACAGGAGAGAAACCUUAUGAAUGUAAUGAAUGUGGAAAAGCCUUCACUCAAAAGUCAAACCUCAUUGUCCAUCAGAAAACCCACACAGGUGAGAAAACCUAUGAAUGCACUAAAUGUGGGGAAUCUUUUAUACAGAAGCUUGACCUAAUUAUACAUCAUAGUACUCAUACAGGGAAAAAACCUCAUGAAUGUAAUGAGUGUAAGAAAACUUUCAGUGAUAAGUCAACUCUCAUUAUACAUCAAAGAACACACACAGGAGAGAAACCUCACAAAUGUACCGAUUGUGGGAAGUCUUUCAAUGAGAAGUCAACCCUCAUCGUGCAUCAAAGAACUCAUACAGGAGAGAAACCCUAUGAAUGUGAUGUGUGUGGAAAAACCUUUACUCAAAAGUCAAACCUUGGUGUACAUCAGAGAACUCAUUCAGGAGAGAAACCCUUUGAAUGUAAUGAAUGUGAGAAAGCAUUCUCUCAGAAAUCCUAUCUCAUGCUGCACCAGAGAGGUCAUACAGGAGAGAAGCCCUAUGAAUGCAAUGAAUGUGAAAAAGCAUUUUCCCAGAAAUCAUAUCUCAUUAUACAUCAAAGAACUCAUACAGAAGAAAAACCGUAUAAAUGUAAUGAAUGUGGCAAAGCUUUCAGAGAAAAGUCAAAGCUCAUUAUACAUCAGAGAAUUCAUACGGGAGAGAAGCCCUAUGAAUGUCCUGUAUGUUGGAAAGCUUUUAGCCAGAAGUCACAGCUCAUAAUACAUCAAAGAACACACACAGGAGAGAAACCCUACGCAUGCACUGAGUGUGGCAAAGCCUUUAGAGAAAAAUCGACAUUCACUGUACAUCAAAGAACUCAUACUGGAGAGAAACCUUAUAAAUGUACAGAAUGUGGGAAAGCUUUUACCCAAAAAUCAAAUCUUAUUGUACAUCAGCGAACACAUACAGGAAAGAAAGCCCAUGGGAAAGGCCACACUCGAAAGUCAAAGCUCAUCACACAUUAGAGAGUAAAUCAUCUGUGCCUGCUAUGUACACUGAAGGGAAGUUUUGUCAAGUAACAUUUUUAAAGUAUGUUCUGACUUAUGAUUUAAAUAUGGGAAGUAAAGUCAGCCUUUUUUUCCCUCUUUAUCUCAGUAUUUACCCAAAAGCUACAGGGAGAAGAUGAAGUAUAAUCUCUGUAUAUGACAAAACUGAGCUCACUAAAACCCUGAUGAGAGGCCUGUUAGAGGCAGAGGAAAUCAAGCACCAGUGCAGGAGAUCACAGAACACUGAAGGCUGCAGAUGUGAGACAGCACUGGUGAGGACUCUUAGCUGAGGUGCAGAUGUGAGGUGACCGUAUAUAUACACAGCAACAGUGACAGAGGGCUUGGGCAGGUGGAAGGUAAGAUGUUUCAUAGUCCCAUUUGGUCUGAGGAGAGAUGUGUCGGGCCCUCAACAAGGAAUCGUUCACACAAGCCAUAUUUGCAGAGGUAGUCUGUGCUCAUGGAAGGGGCAGUUGAUAGGGGCUGGGACAAGUGAAAGGAAUGUUCCUUGUGAAGAACCUGCCCCUAUUAACUGACUGGAGAAAUCAAGUCUGGAAGAACUACCAAACGGGAAGGGAAAAUCCCAGUUACAAGAAACACUCUAAUCUGCCUAGAACGUGGCCCCAAUUUCUUCCCCCACAUGAGCCUCUCGCAAACAGCAAGUCCAGGAAAAACUCUUAUUCAAAGAGGAAUGAUUCCAAAGUAAUCAAGACCACAAAUACACGGCUUUUGAGCCAGCCAUUCCAUGUAAGGAAUGUAUAUUCUCAUGCAUGUACAAAUUGAUGCACUGUUUGUGACAACAAAAGAUUGGAAGCUGUCCAAAAAACAAGCCAGGGAUCUGGUUCCUGAAAUCCUAGUACAUUCAUACAACAAACUCCUAUGUAGAAAAAAAUGAGUAAAAAUGUAAUCUGGACACCAUUUGUGUGGUGAUGUGGGGCGAUCUCUAACAUACAUUAGAUGGGAAAACGAUGCAGGAUAGAGAGUAUAAUAUACCAUUUGUACAUAAAAAGGAGAACAAAUGGUCAGUACAUAAUUGAAUGUAUAUGCAUAAACUAUCUCUGGAAAGAUACAUGAGAAGCUGGGGACUCUGGUUAUCUCUGGGAAAGGGUAGGGGAAAUGGGUGGCUGGGGGAAUCGAGUUGGGAAGGAGACAACUGUAUAUCCUUUCAUAACUUUUGAAAAUUGUACUAUG